AGUGUAGAGUCCCGAGGGGCAAGAGGAAAAGGGGACGGGCAGAAGGCAGCGAAGGCGCUGCCCUCAGUCGGUCGGCCGCUUUACUACAGUCAGCAUACACAGAGUAGAGCAAGCGAUUGACUAUACGUAGUCUUUGCCUAAGCGCGCACUACACUCUGUGUGUUCCCGUUUUUCGAGUGAAGGCUUCGAGCUUCGUUCUGCCCGCUCUUUCGCUCGGUCGGUCGGUCGGUCGGUCGGUCGGUGUGGUUGUGAGUGUGUGUGCGCGCGCGCACUCACACGCGCUCAUCCAAAUAGAGACGGACAGAGAGGAUAGAGAGAGAAAGACAGAUACAGAGUGUUGAGGAGUCGUGCAGAGACAGGCGCGCGUACACAGCCAUCGAACGUGGUGAUUCGUACGGAGGCGGACGUGCGAUAGAGCUAAAAACCGAGGCCGUUUCUUGCGAGGGAAAAAGACACGGCGUUGUCCUUCUUAUCUUCUGGUCAUCAACGUCACAUCGUUGCCGUCGAUGAGAUCGUCAACGGGUUUUCGUCAUCAACGCUUCAGCGUAAACUUUUCCUGCUCGACACGAAGAUACACGAACAGUUAUAUGGGAACAGUCCGUACAACAACCAGUUCUGACAAACGGGAGGAUCAAAGACGAUCGUGAGUAAAUAGAGCGAGAAAGAAGGGGGUGGCACGUACCCUUGCGGAACGCGCGUGUAUAGUAUCAUCCGCGCGACGGACGAUUGAAGCACGGGAGAACCGUCGUGUGUAUUCCGAGAGUUCCUCCGUAUAUCGGUGCAUACGUGCGUGUACGAGGACUACUGAGAGAGGUGGGGGCUGUUAGACUCUAUACUUCGCGGACAUCCGGCGGGGAAACCGCAUGUAUUCGUACGAAGCUCUCUGAGAGAGCGAGGGAAAAAAAGAGGAAGGAUCUGCUGGCGCCGAGGGAAACACACGGGUGCUCUCUCGAGUGCUUGACGAAGAAACUUCAGAGAGGAGAAAGGAGGUUCUUUGCGUUCCGAUUGCUCGCGUAUCUUACACGUUCUCCUUGUUGUCCAGCUUAGACCGAGCCAUAUAUAUAUAUCAUCGUUUUUCAUAGACGUGGUAUAGAAUAUUAGAGAAUUCUGUUAUUUAUCGUAAUCCUCGUAUCGUUGAUCCUCGUGUGUGCGUGCCCGCACGCAACGGUUGAAAUUUUCGGUACAAAUAAUAAGGGUGGUGGAAAAGAGGUGGAAGGACGUGACGGUGAGAGAGAGAGAGGUAGAGCGAGGGAUCAAGGGGGAAAGAGAGAAGUGAGAAACACGCCGAGCAGUGCUGCUCCCUAUUGGCGACGUCGAGUCGCGCUCCCCACCCGGGACAGUCGAACGAGGUCCGAAGGCGAGUUCUCGGCGUGUAACUACGGUGAUUUUCCCUUACGAGAGUGUACGCACGAGACCUCGUAGCUCUGCAGCACAUCACGCGUUCCGCGUAAACAUCUCUCGACUUCACGAUAUAUAUCGGUGGUCUAGUAUUAAACUAGAAACGUCAAUCCUGGGAAAUACAGUGAAGAAAUAUCUUUCGGAGGAAAUCGAAAAACAGCUAGAAGGAGAAAGAGACAGACGGAGAGAGAGAGAGACACUGGUAGUGAAGUCCGCUUUACACGCGUGCUAUCGUCGAUAAUUCUCUCUCUCGGAACGCGAUCAACUCUGUGUGUGCGCCGAUCGUGAACGCGUCCCACGCGUGUGUCGCGUAUCACCGCCGCCGGUGAAACCAAGAGAAUUCGAACGAGUCAGAGGGUAAAAUAGGAUUUCUCGCGUGGUCGGUCCUCUCCCGUGGCACGCGCGGAGAGGGGUGCACGAAGAAGUGAGAGAGGGAGAAGGAAAGAAAGCGAGACACCGCUCGACGAGGAUAGAAGAGGAAGAAGAGGGAGAAGGAGGGACAGAGAGUGUUGAGGGGAGCGACGAAGACGUGUAUAGUGCACAGAGGCGCCGGUGCUGCGCCCCAACGGCCGUUCGUCGAAACUCAGUUAUCACAAUGGCUUCCGUGAAAGACACAGCAACUUUCUUCGCGGAGGGCACAGCGAAUCAGUUUGAACAUGUCUUGAAGCUUUAUCCGCAGGCCCUCAGACUCAAAGCCGAUCGGAAGACGAAAAAGCCCGAGGAGCUGAUCAAGUUGGACAACUGGUAUCAGAAUGAGCUUCCAAAGAAGAUCAAGUCACGCGGUAAGGACGCGCAUCUCAAUCACGAGGAGCUCGUGCAAACGAUGAAAUGGAAGCAAAUACGUGGGAAGUUCUAUCCUCAAUUAUCCUAUUUAGUAAAAGUGAAUACACCUCGUGCUGUGAUGGCGGAAACGAAGAAGGCGUUCAAAAAGCUUCCAAACCUUGAACAGGCGAUUACUGCCCUCUCGAAUUUGAAAGGAGUAGGCACCACGAUGGCGUCAGCCCUAUUGGCAGCAGCAUCACCGGAGAAUGCACCCUUUAUGGCAGACGAAUGUCUGAUGGCAAUACCGGAAAUCGAGGGCAUCGAUUAUACCACUAAGGAGUACCUCAACUUUGUUCAGCACAUUCAAAAUACCGUCGAGAGGCUGAACAAACAAACGUCAAACGGCAAAACCUGGAGUCCCCACAGGGUGGAACUCGCCCUGUGGACCCACUACGUGGCGUCCGAGUUGAAGCCAGAGCUGCUGGACGGCAUUCCAGGCUCCACAGAGAACGGGAACUCUCAUCCGCCCAGCAACGGCGAGGCGACAGAACCGUCGGACGACAGCAAUCAGGAAGUGGCAGUGAACGGUAAGGAACUAGGCAGUAUUGAUCCGGCGGCCAUCGACGAGAACAGCAUGACCACGUCCUUCACCGAAGACUCGAUGGAUAAACCCGCUACGCCGAUUACAGCGGCCGUCGCCAGCGAAGACACGAACGAUUCACUCGCCACGAACGACAACGAUGACAGCAACAACACGCCUCGACCGACAGACAGCGAGGACACCGAAGACUCGCAGGACGUACAGGAGCCGCCCACCAAGAAGAGUAAGAAGUGACCCACCGCCAGCCAGGGAGCCACUAAUACGAGCAACAACGUCAGCACCCUCGUGUCGGCCGCCAAUCUAACGCUGAUCGCAGCGAGGCGCUUCUAAAAACCGUCAGGGUCACCGAUCAGGGUCGCGGAUAGUAGACCUGUAGCCUACCAUCGCACCAUCACGAUCGUUUUGAUGAUUCUCCUUCGCUCCUGCUCUCUCUCUCUCUUUCUCAUUCCUCUUUAUCCAUUUUCUUCCUCUUUAACUCUCCAACUAUGUACCUUGUCCAUUUCUUUUUUUAUUUUUCUUUGCUUUCUUCCCGUUCCUUUUUCCUUUCCGUGAAUUAUUUAUCCUAGAUUCAUUAAAUUCGUAAGGUUCCUCUUUUUAUCUCCUCGUUCUUCUCUUCACUACAUCCAGUAUCUUUGGUCUUGUCUCGCCUUCUUUUUGCUAUUAUUUGUAGAAAUAUAUCACGAGACCUCGUUGUAAAAUAGUGUUACUGCAUAUAUGAUGGAAAGUGGAAGUUGUGUAUAAGCAUCUUGCUGGUCUUUAGAUAUCCGUCGCGCUGGAUCGGAGGCAGAAAGAAGAGGUAAAAAGCUCGAUAUUUCGAAGAUUUCCUUCUGCAUUCUCAUCGUUUUUCUUUAUAUUUUAGUGACUUCCUCUCUGUUCUUCUUCGCGUCCAUUUUAUCAUAUCGACCGAUUCUGAACAGGUUCUUUGGGAUGAUCGUAAGAUUAGAGUUAUUCGCGACAUUUCACGUAACUUUUAUACCAUGUGAUAAUAGUGAUAGCUACUUUCUUUCGACUCUACGCGAAGGAAACCUCGAGAUGACGGAGCUUUCUUCCUUCUUCUGCUGCGCGCCAUAGUUUUUAGGGACUCUGAAUAUUUCUCUUUUUUCUUUCUUUUUUCAUGGAGAUCGAAACGAAGCAAUUCCACGCGGUUACUGCCUUUUGAACAAACACCCGCUCCCCCUACCCCCUUACCGCUUGUUGCGCGAUAGCAAAACGACGUAGCGUUUAAUUCAAGAGCCAAGACAUCAUUCCUUUUUACCAUAAUUUGUACCGGCGUUUUUGAAGGCCACCGAAUUACGAAGGGCGAUACGAAACGGCGUUGACGCAUGUUUUUAUCUUCUCCUUUGUUCUUUUUGUCAAAAAAAUGAGAAAAUGUAAAAAAAAUGAAAAAAAUCGAAAAAAUACCGUGAAUGAGGUGUGAAUAGCGAAUGGGAAAUACAGAAGCGAAGGGAAAGAGAGAGUGGGAGAGAAAGGAUGAGCGAGAACGUAUAAAACCGGGUGUGAGAGAGAUAUCGAGUAACUGAUUCCGUGACCAGAAAAAAAGAAAGAAACAAAAUAAUAAUAAUAAUAAUGAUAAAUGAAAAAAAACGGCGGUACUACACACACCGAUCACAAUGAUAAUAUUACUAUUAAUAAUAAUUAUUAUUAUUAUAAUUAUAAUACCGAAUCAUUACCAUAAUUUAUAUAUCUAAACAAGAAAAAAAACUGCAUGUCAGAGUGAUGCAUGGAGCAAACCAAAUACCUUGUAAGUAAAAAGAUACUUUAGAAACAAAUAAAAGUAACGCUUUUUUGAGUCCACCAAGAAAAAGAAAUACGAGAACGAGUGGGCGGUCGGACCUGCACAUACAUACACAUAACUACACACUGAUUCGCGCGCGCAAAACCGUACACGAAUACCUGUAUAGAAUGCGGCCAUGAUAGCAAGUUCGAAGACUAAUAGAAUGAAGGGACAAAGACACCACACGUAUACCACAUCAAGGUUUUCAUGUACAGGAAUUUAACUAGUAUUUUUGCAUUAUUAAGGAUUAUUAAUUGUCCGAGGGAAGACGGAGCCGCGAUGACUAAUGCGAACCGAGGAAGAAGGGGUGAAUGACGACAAUGAUGGUUAUUGGACGGUUGACAAACGAACAAUAUAUAUCAGUAACAAACCUAAGACAGGAAAAAGAAACGAUUAGGCAAGAUAAUAGAAGUAUAAUGACAAACUUAGGGGGAACUGAGGAGAGAGUGAAAGUGUUUAAAAAACGAGUGCAAGAUUGUGUGAGUGAUAGCGAGAGAAAGAGAGCGAGAGAGGAACAAAAGAAUAAAGUAAACCACUAUAGCUUGAUCAAGAACGUUCAUUCAAAUUUUAUAUAUAUAUAUAUAUUAUAUAUAUAUUAUAUAUAUAUAUAUAUAUAUAUAUUAUAUACAUAUAUUGUAUAAUAUAUAUAUAUAUUGUAUAUAUAUUAUAUAAUAUAUAUUUGUAAUUUAGAACAGCGUGGUCAGGCUACUUUAGAUACUGACCUUAUUAUAAAACGAUACACAUGCCAUUGUGGCAGCUAUGCACUUGUUUGGCUGCACUAGAAUAAAGAAAAAAAAAGAAGGAAAAAUGCGGAAGAAAAGCAACUGACGCAAGGGACACACCGACAGAGAGAAAUCCACCCCUUCGCGCGAACAGUUCGAAUUUCUGCGCUAUUAUCGAUGAUUAUUAUUAUUAUUAUUAUUCCUGGUGAACUUUUACCGUAGUACGGAGCGCGUUAAGACGGGUGUUCCAUCCGAAGCAAAUCGGUAUGACAAAUCGUUGCGACAAAUCCGGCUUGAUGCGACGCGGAGUAAAAAAUGUCACUCUCGACGUGUCAGCAUCGUUAGUAGUGACACGGGAACGAUUUUUACAUCGUGAAGCGAUCUUACGAACUAAUUCGUCGACUGACAUGUAGUGAACUUCUGCGAAUGAACGCGACGGUAAAUGGGAAACAAAGAGGGACGUGGAUGAAUAGGAAGAAAAGAAAGGAAGAAUGCAGCAAGUAUGAAUUUACUUUAACGAAGAGAGAAAAAUCGUAGUGAUCCAUUCUAUUUAUUUAGCGCCUAAUUUAUUCCGUAUCGAUCGUUUCGUUGGCAAGCAAAGAAGAUAUAUAAAAAUAAUAUGAUUAUAUAUUUAUAUAUAUAUGAAUACAUAGACAUGUAUGCGUGAAAGAAGCCCCCCCCCCCACCCCCUCCUAAGUAUUUCGGGAUUAGAAGAAAAGGAAAAGCUGGGGGAAUACAGAAAAAAUGUAUGAACGUAUAUUUUUUUUGUCCUUUUUUUCUCUUGCGAUAAUUAGAAAGUAACUCUUACGUAGUGAUUAAAUUGACGGUGAUGACUAUAAGAUUGCUAUAAUAUACAUAUUUGUGAAGUACGAAAUGGCGAUUGAUUAUAAUACUAUGAUGAUGAUGAUGAUGAUGGCGAUGAUGGUGAUGAUGAUGACGAUGAUAAUAAUGAUGACGAUGAUGAUGAUGACUAUGAAGAAGAUAGUUAUGGUUAUGAUUAUAAUUACGAUCAUUAUUAUAUUAUUGCUGCUAUUACUGCUAUUACGAAUGACUGCGAGCACAGUUUUUAUUGUCUUAUAAACGUAAACGGAUUAAUGUAGCGGAGUUGUUUGCUUUUUUUUUUCUUUCUUUUUUUUUUUUCUAAACGCCUGAUAAAUUAUUAUUCUCGCACGUAAUUAUACGAGACAUUCCACACUGAUUUCUUCUUGUUCUGUGUUGUUUCUAUCUUUUUAUUAUCGCUAUUUUUUCUAUUUCUCUCAUUCUUUCUUCUUUUCUCCUCUCGUUUGUUCUUUUACGUCGGAAACGAAAGAACACGGAAUAACCGAGAGAGAAUCGCGGAAGUAAAAACACACUUGUGAACCGAUACACUGUGAAGAAACGAUGAUUUCGCGACGAAGUUCCACGUCCCACGCAACACAACCAAUGACAACGUCAUUCCGUCAAAGCACUAUUUCUGCUUCCCACGUGUACCACGCGUGUUAUAAAAACUUUCUCUCUUUCUCUCUCUCUCUCUCUCUCUCUCUCUCUCUCUCUCUCUUACUCUUACUUUCCUUCCGAUUUAUCGAUUUUAUAGACUCGAAUCUAGAAAGACCCACGAUAUCUUAUCUUUGUCUCUGCUUUAAUCCUUAACAGAGCGUAGAUCUUUUUAAAGAAGAUCGAUUUCUUCACGAUUGCGUGCGGUACCGCGAAUUUCGAUAGACGAAUGAACGAUGGAAGCUGACCUGACCCAGGGAUAAGUCGCGUGAUCGAUGAGGGGACUCGCUGAGAAGGGUCAGAUCCUUCCAAGAGGGAAUUAAGUACAUCGUCCUCUUGUGUCGCUUUCCUCUUGGAUCUUCCUGGAGCCACGAGAAAAAUUAUUCACGAGUGAAACAAAGAAGAUAUUCGCUGAAAUUUAUCGUUCAUUUCUCGAGGGGUUGAAAAGGGACAGUAAGGAUUGAAGAUUUGCAGGAUCGUUUUCACGAGACCAAGGUUCAUGUCUUGACAUUAGUAACCCGAUCGAUUUUUAUGCUUUGUGAUUGUUGGAUAGAGUUAAAUCGAAUUUGGUAGUCAAUGGCAACUCAAAUCAUAUUUGUCAUGUGUUAUCGUGUUUGUAUUGAUAAUAUUGACUUUGGAAUAUUAUAACGAUUCAACGAUCUUUCGGUCUCCGUAAAUUAAGGUUCGUUUAUACAGAAGAGCUGAGCUUGGAACGAUUACUAUACUACUUGAGAUACUAUCGUACUUAAAUGAUUGUCAUCGAUGGUUCGGCAAAUGCUUCAAACAUUUAAACAAAUGCUUGAAACAAUGUUUGCCAAACAUUCGUUAAUAAUUUUUAAUGGCUUUUAUUUAGCUUACUUUUCUGUCCAUUUGUCUGGCUUGAUGGAAUUUUGUCAUCCACUUGCUGAAUUUUUAAAGAAAAAUAAAAAAAAUAUAUAUAAAUUUUAAAAAUUAAGAAAAUCGUUUUUAUUUAAAAAUGUACUAAAAAGAAGGAAAUAAUUUUCUGAACCAAGUAUCGUUAAGUAAUUGAAUGUAAUAAUAGUAUACAGGGAAAUCUGUAUAUAUCGAGCACACGUGGUAAUCAUAUGAUAGGAUAUUACUCAAUUGUUGAACUCAUAUUACUAAAAAUAAGUAUCUGGCGGUCCCAUUAUACAUUUACGAUGCAUCCUCCAUUCGGUUAACACCUCUUUUGUUCUCUUGAAUGAAUUUUUUCGAUAAAGAAAUUCCUAACGAAGACAAGGAAAGAAAUUCUCUACCGAUUACAACUUAAAAGUGAAAGAACAUUUGACUCAAAUCAUGAAUCAAAAAUUUAUCUCAUCGAUUACAGAGUCUUUGAAAGUGUUAAAAUUAUGAAAACUUUGAAACUGAAUUAAUAUGAUCCUACCAAGUUUAUAUUUUUAGUAAUAUGAGUUCAACAAUUGAGCGAUACAGAUAAUAUAUACAGGUUUCUCUGUAUAGUAUUAUUACAUUCAAUUAGUUAACUGGUUAAGAAAAUUCUUUUCUUUUUAGUAGAUUUUAAAAUAAAAAUCAUUUCCCUUUUAAUUUUUCAAAUUUAUGUAUCUUUUUUACGAUAAACUGCCUUUCAACUAAUUCCGUCUUCGUUCAAGGGUUCUUACUAUUUAAGACGAGCAAAGUAUUUUUUAUUUCUAUAUUUUCGGGCUAGUUAGUUUAGAAACGGAUUUGGCUUACAAUUCCUUUCAUUUGUCCUUCAAUAUUUGUCGUAUUUACCUUAAUAUCUCUCCUUAGUUAACUAAUCGCUCAUGUACUUAAUCUAAUCUACUGUAUUUCUACUUUAUUAUUAUUGAACUCUAUCUUUGGUUCUGUUUGUCUGGCGAGCGAAAUAUCGAUACUUAUUUUUACCACUGGCUUAGUUUUAUUUAAUAAGAUAUCAAGUGUAUAUCUUGUCAGUUCGAGGCAUUUGGAAAAUUUUGCAUUGUGAUUUUUAACGAUUGUUCUUAAAGAAGAGAGUCUCCUCUUUUUUUAUUAUACUUCUAUAGUGCAAUUGCCACUGUAUAUAUAUUUUCAAUCAAAGAUGUAGAGGAUUAUAUCGACACUCGCACACUCAAGAUUUUCAAAUGAUUGAUGUAACGAAACACUCGUCUCAAGCUUCGACAACGUGAUCCUUUCAAGCUCAACAGAUGUAUAAAUCAACGUUCGAUCGUUGAGCAAGAUCAUCCAAGGAAUUUGAAGAAGACGUUCCUUGCCAGUGCACCUCGAGCAAUGAAAAGGAAAUCGAUACAGCGACGCGUUGUACUGUUUUCAAUAACUUAAACGCGACUUUUCGCAAAUCGAUUAACAUCUUUUGACGAAAACAAAACUAGCGGCGGCGAAAACAAACCACGAUCUUUGCUGAUCGAUCGACGUCAAGGUUCGCGUAUCUCAGGUUUCACAAGAGGUUCAAGAUCCGGUGAUCAAUUCGAUCACCUUAACAAACUGCCAUUUAACGUUACUAAUUAAGCGAUCGUAAUGAAUCAACGGACACGCCAUGUGCUAUUAUUCUCUGUAUCGUGUCUAAAAUCGCGUAUAUUCAGACUUGCAGACGUUGUCUGUAGAUGUGUGUCUUCCCACAAGAUUUCUGGAUAUUUGAUCUCACGAAUUUUUCUGAGUUCUGGAUAAAAGACGCGGACACGCAAAGUAUUGUAAUAUACGACACACGAUAUAACAAAUCGCGAAAAGUGUACACAUAUUGACUUCUAUAGGAAGAUCACAGGGGAAAAUUAUGAUAAGUCAUGUUUCUAUAUCUUUUUUUUUCUCCUUUUCUUUGCAAAGGAGCAAUUUUCACUUACUUUAUCUUGUGUCUUUUCAGGCUAGAUUAUUUAUUUAAAAUAUAUAUUUACGAACAUCUCAAACGAGAAAAAUAAUGUAUACAUAUGUGACGAUUGUAUCUUUGUAUCUUUUGCAAUCAUACUUGAAUUAAAGAGAAACUAAACGUACACAUAUGUACCAGCAUUCCUCGAGAGGAUAACAUUCAAUACACGCCAAUCCCGAAACUAUCUUUUUAUUUCGCUUUCAAAAUUGAAUAGGAAUUUUCAUCAUCCUUUUGGAAUAUUCAUCCAUUGUCACGACAUCAGUUACUCUUUUAGAUCGUUCUAGACAAAACGUCCUGUAUUUAUUACACAUUUUUAGAAGGUUUAUAUAUUUUAUAGAAAUUUGUAUGCGGACACACGUCUGCAGACAAUGUCUGUAACUCUAUAAACGCCAUAACAUUCUUUUUCGCGAGUCAAAAAAUCGCCAACAGACGAAAAAGGAGAGAAAUAAGAAAAAAAAGAAGAAAAUCACAUUUUGCCUUGCCUUCGACAAGCACCAGUCGAUCUUUAGCGAUCGUUCGUGAUGUCCAUUUACCAAUUUUUCUCGCGUCUCUUUUGAGAGAACAAGAAAUGAAAAAAAAAAAAAAAACGAAAGCCGCGCGACACUUUUCGAAUUUCAACCCCUUCACUACCAUCGCUCCAAACCCCGGUGCCCGAUGAGUUUCGACUACAUUUGUAUAGUGCGCUUCUGCGACCAAUCACGAUUUUUGUUUCCUUUUAAAGUUAGAGUAACGUGUAAUUCUUGGAUUAAUUGUAAAGUAACGUGAUGUCAUUACGAAGUACGAGGUUAAAUAAAUUAUUUGAAAACGUU